AUGGCCCAACUCAAUUGUCCUCCUUGCACACCUUGUGCUUCAGUGUGCAUUGAACAUCAACCAAUUCAAACGGAGACAUCGAUCGAUAAUCCGUUUCAUACUCCUCGAGAACGACCGGCAGAUAAUAUACAUGAAUAUCAGAAAGAGCUGCAAACUAGUCCGGUGGGUUUACCAGCAAGCGAACCUGCUCCGUAUCUCCCCCAGCGAGCUGGCUGUUCAGAUGGAUAUCCUUUGGCCAAACCGAUGGGUCCACUUGGUCCUUGGGCAACGGGUCGUGUCGAUUGGGGUGCGUUGUCAGGACAAACUGGUACGCGCCCUGUCGUGAAUCAGUACUCGAUCACACGUUACAGCGUAGACGAGUGGCGCCAGAGAAAUGCGGACAUCAUAGGGGAGUGUGCCUCCACCGUUGAUCAAAGCGUUCAAGUGGAGAAUGCAAGUAAGAACACUAUCAUUCGUACUUACGCUACCGCAGACAAGACUCAAACGGAUUGCACGCAGAGUUUGCACGUGCGAGCUAAAAAUAUAGAUGACUUGAAAUCGGAUCUACAUCGUGCAAUAUCGAGCAUGCAGGACGAAAUAACUGCUCUCGAACGUCAGCGUCGGCGUCUGAAGCAGUCACUAGCAGUACUCCGCAUGCCCGAGGCUAUCGCCAACGAAUGCUUGGAACGCCGCACAGGACGCCCGGACACGGAGCUGAUUCGCGAUCGCCCAGAAGAAGAGUUGAUUCAAGAGAUAAGCCUUAUUUCGGAGAUAAAAGCAACAUUGUUGCAAACGCUUGCCAAAAUUGAACAACAGCAGAGCGACAACCGAGCUGUACGCCAGCGCAUGGAGUUUGAUUGGAGUGAGAAAAAGAUGGCCCAUGAAAACGAUGCCAUUAAUUGCAACCUACGGAACCAAUCCACUAACACUUUAUUCAAACCGGGAGCAACCAGAUGUUGUAAUGAGCAAUCGACGGAAAUAUAUUGGGAAAAAUUUACUCGUGAAACUUUAGACAUUUACUCAAGCUGUCGCCAACAAUCGGAGCAAUUACGAAACACACUUGAUGCCAUUCUCACGAAUGCGGCGAGAGAUUUGCGCACACAAGCAGAUAGUGUUGAACGUGCUUUAGCUACUCGUAUUUCCUGCAUGGAGGAAGUUCGAGAAAAACUUGAAAUUGAUCUUCGAACGGUUCUCCAACGUCUUGCAGAUACUGAAAUUCAGAUUGACAAGCUAAAGGUGGCCAUACGAAACAUGGACUACGCAAUGAUGGUCGUCCAAACUAGACUGGAUAAUCGAAAUCAACGUCCCAGAGUUGAAAAUUGCCGUGACCAGCCGCAGACUUUGCUUAUAUCGGAGGUGAAGUCCUUGGAGGUCGGCACGUCGUCUAUGAAUGCUCAGCUUAAGCAAGAAGAAGACGUUAAGCAAGAACUUGUCAAUCGUCGUAAUGAGCUGGAGCGAGAAAUAAUGCUCAAACGGCGCACCAUCGCAAUUGAUCAUGAUCGUUGCCAACUGCUGCGAACACACUUUCCUUCUUCUACUGCCCUCAGUGGAUACUGA